GCCUAUUUGAGCCGAGUCACAUGCAGUAUGAAGGUGAAAGGAACCAUGCCAUGGAGCCGUCCUUGGCAGAAAUGACCGAAAAAGCCAUCAAAAUACUGAAGAAAAAUGCCAAGGGAUUUGUUCUCCUUGUCGAGGGUGGAAGAAUAGACCACGGCCACCAUGCGUCGUUAGCUCGCCAUGCGGUCACAGACACCAUCGCCAUGGAGGCGGCGGUAAAAAAGGCGGCGGAACUCACGAGCGCAAAUGACACGUUGACUGUGGUCACUGCAGACCAUUCCCACGUCUUCAACAUCGGUGGAUAUGCCGGACGGGGUAUCCCGAUUUUGGGUGUUAAUGAUGCAGAGAACGACAAGAACGGCGUUCCCUACACGGUGCUAUCGUACGGGAACGGCCCUGGGUACACGGCACCACGUGAGGACCCGACCACCGUCAAUACAUCAUCAUGGAACUACGUGUACCAAAGCGCAGUUUUGACAGCCUCAGAAACUCACGGAGGAGAGGAGGUUCCGGUUUACGCGCAAGGUCCCAUGUCUCACCUCUUCGAUUUUGUAUACGAGCAGAGUUACAUCGCACACGUCAUGGCGUACGCGGCGUGCGUGGGGCCCAACAAAGACCACUGCAAGAUGGCGCCACCAACCCCUACUACUUCUGGUGGAUCUUCUUUAGAGUUUUCUGUGACAAAGGCAUUGGUUGUGACGAAAAUGGUAGUCGCUGUGAUGGUAGCAGUCAUUCUUUAGCGGAUACAUCUUUAGGCAUCAUUUCCUGACACAGUUAUAGUUUUUCAAAGAAUUAUAGCAGAAUUGAAGCAUUCUACUUUUUUGAGGACCAUUUUCUUUUUACUUUACCGUUUCCUUUUUUUUCUAUACAAGUGCAUAAUCUGAAAGUCAGACAGGAUUCGUUUACACUCAAAUCGCUGUGAUUUCAUCAGUAAGAUGAUAGCAUUACACGUUUAUAUUAUUUGAUAAUCCACAUUUAUCUGUUUUAGUGUAUAUAAACAAAGCAACUCUGUUUUAGCUUUUUAGUCCUUACUUCAAUAGAUUACAUUUUUUUCUAUCUACAUAACCACACUGCAGAAUAUUCAUUUCAACCAGAGAGAUAUUCAGUAUUUGAUAUUUGAAUAACAAAAAGGAUUAAUAUAAUAUAAAUAGAAAAUCAUAGGAGCAUUUAUUUGUUAAGAUAAGAUUUUCAUAGAGAUGUUAAAAUGAUUUAAUAUUCCAAAGCAACAGAAUUUGAACUUACUGUAUAUAAAAUCAUGGAAGUAUAUAAUACGAGGAAAAACGCACAUGCACACAAUCAAUAACGCCUGUAAAAAGAAACCAGUUUUUUUUUUCAAUCAAGCAGAGCCACUCGGUAAAUUUAAAUUGAAACUAAAACAUAGUUUGGUAGUUAUUGCGACUAGUUAUAGCGACUAGCGAGGUGUUGGACGGCGAAAACAUUGGCGGACAGAUACGGAUACAGUGCAGUGAUCAGGGUACAUACAGAUAUAUAGGGGGUUUUGUCUGGCUGUGCAGGCAUAUUAGUCAACUAUGAACAGCCGUUUGAUUAGCGAUCAGCACAGGUUUCAAACGACUGCGCAUGUGCGAAAAGCGCGCUGUUUGAAAUGAACAAGUUGGUGAAAUUGACAAAGCCUGCCGGCGUUUACCGUCUGGUUGAUUUUAUUUCAUUAGCU